CUUUUGCUCUAUCUGAUACGAAAAUGAACAAUUUGAUAUAAAAAUUUUGCGAAAGAUCGAUAUAUUAUUUUACUUUUAACUUGGAAAUCGUUCUCUUAAUUUUUCAAUAUCUAAUUAACCACCUCAGUCCCUAAGACCGUCUGUUUUAACGAAUGGUAAAUAAUCAAAUAAUUGCGUUGAUACAUCAGAAGUACCAUCUUCUUAUAUCCCUGAUAUUAGUGUUAAAACAGGUUUGAAAAACCUUCAAUUAUUUCAUUUAUUCUUAGCCUUCGAUGGCUUAAAAUUUUCUCGGUUAUUUUCCAAUAGAGUUCAAUAUAUUGAUCGAAAACUUAGUUUAGCUAAGCACUGUAACCGGAAGUCACCCUUAAGUCGCCGGGUAAGAGGAUUACGAGUAAUAAACAAACAAUAUUAAUCAGAAAAUUAUUCCAUUCAAUUUUUCUCCUGCAUUUAAUUAAAUAUGACAGAGUCGACAAACUUUCCUUCGGUUCUUCUAUCUCAUUUGCAAAUCUAUAAUAUCGAUAUCCAAACGAUAACUCGAACACCAUUAACCAGCACUCGAGGCUAUUUCUUUCGUCGAAACUUUCCUCAGAUAUGUAGAUAUCACGUUGACAUCGCCGCGUAUACCGAAUCAGCCCUUUUUAAAGAUGAUCUCGCGAGCGUGGUUCGUAUGCAAUUCAAUUUGAACGAGUCGCGUGUCACGAUUCACUUGACUCCCGGCACAGUAAUUGGCCGGCACUCGAGCAAACACUUACGCUUAAUUUAACGUUUAACCGAAUCGAAAACAAAGCGAACAGUUGCCGGACUUCGCUCGUUCUUUCAGUUCAUUUCCGAACGUCUUUCGAUCAGCAUAUCGGGUCUCCUCUUUCAUCUCCGUUGCCUUUCAAAAUCUAAAAUCAUAAUUGAGACUUUGCUGCUCGAACUAUGGAAGGGGAAAACGUGAAUGACGGCGAAAUGAAGGACGAGAAGAGUAACUCUAUAUUGCCCACUGAAGCGACUCGAUUGAGACCAAGAUUGGAAAGUUUCGAUGAUGUUCUGCCGUAUGUCGGUGACUACGGGAGAUAUCAAUGGCUGUUGUUAUUGUCGUUACUACCUUAUGGCGCGACGUACGCGUUUCUGUAUUUCUCGCAAUUUUUCAUUACGAUUAUUCCCACGGAACACUGGUGCAGGAUAGACGAAUUAGUAAACUCGAAUUUCACCGAAGAAGAGAGGAUUAAGAUAGCGAUUCCAGUGACGAACGUUUAUCCUUAUUACGAACAAUGUCAACGGAAGGACGUAAACUUCACAGAGCUGUUGAAGAGCGAUAAGAGCCUGAGCUCAUCGGGCUUCCAAACAAACAAAACGAUAAAAUGUACUCAAUGGGAGUAUAAUUUUACGCAGAUUCCAUAUCCUAGUAUAGGAACUGAGGUGAAGUAUUCACAUCGUUGUCUGAAUCGCAUGCUUCGAAAUUCUUACACUUCUGCUGCGUUCUUUGGGUCAUUUCCGAUCUAAUCUAACCUUGUUAUAGUAAAUUUCAUAAGUUUAAAGAAAGUAUAAGACGAUAAUUGUUAGUACGGAUAAUUCCUCGUUCCGAUUUUACGCGAACGUUUUUUUCAGAGCAUAAAGAACUCUUUCAUUCAUCGAACUGCGAGCAGAAUCGAGAUAUAAAAAUUCGAAGACCGCAGCAGGAUUAAAAUUAUAUUCUGAAAAAUAUGAAUCUGGUUUUUCGCUGACUAACUCUUAACCUUGGUGAUUAGCUAGAAUGGGUAUGCGACCGAGAAUACCUCGUAU